GUGCUGUACUCUAACUACUCACCCAUUACAACACUACUGUUUACUAUCGCAGUUAGAGUUGACCAAUAGCAGUGGAGAUAACAGACGGAACUGGAUUCUUAUUGGUCAGUGGUACGUCAACGUACGUAUGACGUUUAUUUGAAAUUUCAGCGGCGCUACGUUUGUUGUCAGUGAGAGCAGUCAGCUAUCGCUGCUUCAGCUUUUGUACAGAGAUUUUAAUAUUAAUAACACACAGUGGAUUAAAAAUGUCAUUUUCAAAAGCCCCAUUAAAGAGGUUUAAUGAUCACACCGGUUGUGCUCCUCCACCGGGCACCUAUGACGUUAAACCCGGGGAGCUGAAGGGAGCGGCAUCCUUCGACAAAAGUGAUCGAUUUAAGCCAGUAAAACCAGUUUCAGCCUCUACGACCCUUUUGCCACCCCCGUCCCCGUCCAGGGCUGCCCUCAUAUCACCUGUUCGGAGGACCAUGUCCGUUGAUGGCCUCGUCGAUGGGGGAAGUGUCAAAAAGGAGAAACCUGGCAUAUCCAGGGAAAGGAAAGAACAGAAACUCUUAGAAAAAGAGAUCCGGUCCCUGGUGCAAGAGCGAGGGGAGCAGGAUCGGCGUUUGCUGGCCUUGGAAGAGGACCUCAAGAAAGUGGAGGCGAAGCUGCUAGCUGCUGUCAGAGAGAAGACAGGCCUCACUGCCAGUGUCACCACCCUUGAGAGACAGCGGGCUGAACUGAAGAAAGUCAAUGAGUUCCUGAAGAAUAAGGUUUCUGCUGAUACAACAAAAAAGAGAAUCAAUUCCCUCACAAUGGAGCUGAUGGAGGCGAGGAACUACUUAGAUGUGAAAAAUAAGGAAUUAAGCGUCCUGCAGAUUAACACAGAAGGUCAGUUAAAGAUGCUAGAAACUGACCUCCAAGCUGCUAAGGAUACGGUGAAGGCUCUAAAAGGCCAGAAUAAAGACUUAGAGGACUUCCGUCAAGUGACAAAAUCUCAGAUUGAAGACCUUGAGAGUGAGAAUGCCAGAUUACAUGCUGUAAUCCAAGAGCUAAGGGAAGAGAUCGGAGUAUUACAAGGAUACCUGGACGUAGCUAACGACCAGAUCCAGGAUCUCCGCUUGAAGCUCCAGACACAGGAGAAUACUCUUGCGGAUUCUCAGAUGGAGACAAUAAGACAGCUGGAGACAGAAUUAGAGCAGCAGACUACUGAGCUGGAAACCACCCGAGGUGUGCUGAGACAAAAAGAAGAGGAGGCACAAAGUUAUCAGCAAGAGUUACAGGCAUCAAAGGAUGCCUUAUUGGAAGUAGAAAAGAGACUGGAGAACCAAGAGCUCGAGCUGAAGUGUUCACAGAAGUCAGUGAGUGACAUGGAGGAGCAAAUGAAACUGGUGAACCAAGAAGUUCAAGACUCUCAAGCAACAGUUUGCCAGCAGGAGAUGGAGCUUACCAGACUAAGAGAGGUGCUUAGAAGGACGGAAAAAGAGUUGGAUGAGAGAGUGGCACAUCUGGAGCAGCGGUGUCUCUUCUCUGAGGAAGAAAGGAGUAAAACUCAGGAGGAAGGGUUGAGAAGAGUGGAAGAAUUAAAGACAGAGCUCGUCACACUUAAGGAGGCUAAAAGAGAUGAGAAAAAGAAGCAGAUUCAACUCCAGCAAGAACAUGGAAUGCUUACUGAGGAACUGGAAAAAGAAAAGGCGCUCGUAGACUCCUUGUCUGUGUUGCUGAAGCAGGAGAGGGAGGAGGCUGAGGAGCGGUUCAGCCAGCUGAAGGAGGAGAUGGAAGAUGUGCUGGGAGAGCUGGUUAUUAUGGAGGAACAGGAGCAGAAGAAGCAGGAGAUAAUGGAGAAGAGUCAGGAGGAGCUCCAGAAGCUCCAGACGGAAAACAGUGAGCUGGAGAAGCAGCUGUGUGACGCUAGAGCACUGCUAGACCGUAAAAACAGUGACGUGGAAGCAUUGAAAGCCGAGCAUGCAGCAGCCAUGACGGAUCUCCAACAGACCGACACAAAGUUACAGAGCAAAAUGGGAGAUGUUGUUGCAGAGCUGGAGAGCGCCAAAGAGGCUCUGGUGGGAGAACGGGAGAGAAAAAAAGAACUGGAGGCAGAGGUGAAGAGAGUCCGGCAGCAGAUAGAGGAGAUGGACAAGGAGAUUCAACAGAAAGACGAGGAGAUCAAGCGAGUGAGGGGGGGGUUAGAGGGGCACCUGGAGAGACGGUUUGCCGAGGAGAAAGCGAGGGAGGACAAUGCAAGGAUGUUGCUGGAGGUGCAGACUUGCCUCGUGCAAAAAGAUGAGGAGAUGAAGGCCAUGGAGGUGAGCCAUGCUGUCCUGAUCAAUCAGCUACAGCAGGAGGUACAGCAGCAGAAAAAAGAGAAGGACGAGGCACUGGAGCAACUAGAGGAGCAGAGAGGUCAGAGUGAUGCUCGGCUCCAAAAAGAGAAAGAAAAAGCACAGAAACUGGUAGAGGACGCCAGCCAGGACAAAAUGGAAAUACUCAAACAGUUUGAGCAAGAAAAAGAAGAGAGAGUUAAAAUUCAAACGGCGCUUAGUGAUGUAAAAGGAGCAUUGGAGGCUGAAAGGAAAACCCAUCAGCAGCUCGGGUCAGAGGUGCUCAGACUACAGACCGAGCUGGACCGAGCAGAAGAGGAAAAGAGGAGCCUGCUGUCUCAGGUUGAGCGCAUAGAUCAGACCAGGAUUUCCCUGGAAAAGCAGCUAACCGAGGCAGAGCAGGACAGAAGCCGGCUUCAGAGUCACUUGGAUGAAACAGGACAACGGUGCGCUGGCUCCCAAACCCACGCCGAACUCAUGGAGGAAAAGAUGCAGGUGCUGCAGAGGGAGUUAAAGGAACAACAGCAAGACAGACAGGCUCUAGAGCAGCAGGUGGAGGUCCUGAGCCAGGAGAAGGUCACACUGCAGUGGGAGAUGGAGGAGCAGAGGCAGGAACUCCAAAGGCAAAUAACUGAAGCACAGGAGAAGAGCUCCACGAAUUCAGAGACAGAGCACUGGAGGAAACAAUAUGAGGAGCUGUUCACCAAAGUUAAGCCCUUCCAGGAACAGCUCAAUGCCUUUGCAGCAGAGCGAAAUGCCUUGCUCAACGAGAACGGAGCAAAUCAGGAGGAGUUAAACAAGUUGUCGGACGCUUAUGCUCGUCUGCUCGGUCACCAGAACCAGAAGCAGAAAAUCAAACAUGUGAUGAAGCUUAAAGAUGAGAACAUUACCCUGAAACAGGAAGUGUACAAGCUUCGCUCACAGGUGAUCCGGCAGAAGAGCGAUCUGGAGCAGCUGAAGUCAAAGCUCCCCGGCGCUCCUCAGCGCAAGUUUGAUCCAAGCAAAGCUUUCCAACAUAACAAGGAGAACAGACAAAGUGAUACGACUACACCUCUUAAAGAAGGAAAUCAUUAUGCCUAGAGGAGCUUCUACUCACCAAGAAACUGACGACUAAUGGGCUGCCAAAUUUCAUUUUCAUCUUCUUUUGGAUACUUACAAUUUCCCCUCUUACUUGAAUUUCCCCUUAAAAUCCACUGUUGUUUAAUCCUUAUUUAUAAUUGUGUAGAAAUAAGAGAUGGAUUCAAGUCUUAAGUGCUGAGACUGGAGAUAACAAAGCUUAAUCUGCAUGAUCGUGUGAAAAUAUGUUUUGGGAUUUUAUCCUUUUUAACUACUGUAACUUUCUCCUUUGUAAAUAAAGAUAGAUUUUAAUGCGUUUCUUAAA